AGUUUGUCUUCAGGCUGUCUUGUUGAGCGCCUUCCUUCGCACCAUUGUAUCCAUUACUUUUACAAUUUACUAGUUUUAGUCGUUAGAAAAUAACCGGUAGAAUUCAGAAAGUAGCUCACAACAGCGACAUGGCAGUCACCGUGGUUCCGCGAACACCUCGGAAGGAUGAUGCGAACUAUAACUUACAUUUUCGAAUGAUAAAUGAGCAACAAGUGGACGACAUCUGCAUCGAUUUCUUCUAUAAACCACACACUAUCACACUCCUGACAGUUACUGUGCUCAGCCUCAUGUACUUUGCGUUUACCAGGGAUGAUGAGAACCCUGACAACAACCUCCGAGUUGGUCUCGUGGUGGUUGUCUCCUUCUUCUUGGUUGUCAGUAUCCUGGCCUUUCCCAAUGGACCUUUUACCAGGCCUCACCCUGCAAUAUGGCGAAUGGUGUUUGGCCUAAGUGUGAUGUACUUCUUGUUUCUUGUCUUCUUCAUCUUCCUCAACUGGGAUCAAGUAAAGAUGCUGAUGUACUGGCUGGACCCAAACCUGCGCUAUGCCAAAAGGGAAGCUGAUAUUAUGGAAUAUGCUGUGAACUGUACAGUGAUAACAUGGGAGCGGAUCCUGAGCCACUUUGACAUCUUUGCCUUCGGCCACUUUGCAGGCUGGGCUAUGAAAGCGCUCCUCAUCCGCAGUUACGGCCUCUGUUGGACCAUCAGCAUCACCUGGGAACUUACUGAGCUGUUCUUCAUGCACCUGCUGCCAAACUUUGCAGAGUGCUGGUGGGAUCAAGUGAUACUGGACAUACUGUUGUGUAAUGGAGGAGGCAUCUGGCUGGGUAUGACUGCCUGCCAGUUUCUGGAAAUGAGGACCUACCGCUGGGCCAGCAUCAAGGAAAUCCACACCACCACAGGAAAGAUAAAGCGAGCUGUGCUCCAGUUCACCCCGGCAAGCUGGACUUAUGUGCGCUGGUUUGAUCCAAAGUCCUCCUUCCAGAGGCUAGCUGGCAUCUAUCUCUUUAUGAUCAUAUGGCAGCUGACGGAGUUGAACACAUUCUUCCUCAAGCACAUCUUCGUCUUCCAGGCGUCUCACCCGCUCAGCUGGUGUCGUAUCCUUCUCAUUGGAAUCAUCACUGCGCCCACUGUGCGACAAUAUUAUGCAUAUCUGACAGACACUCAGUGUAAGCGAGUUGGCACACAAUGCUGGGUGUUUGGGGCCAUUGCUUUCCUUGAGGCUCUCGCUUGUGUGAAAUUCGGUCACGACUUGUUUUCCAAGACACAGAUUCGCUAUGUUCUGCUGUGGCUGCUCUGUUUGGCACUCAUCACACUUCUAUGUUUAUAUGGAAUGGUGUGGUAUGAGCAAAGUAAGAUGAAGACCACUUCUGUGAGAAGUGAAGACUGUGAUGACAGCAGUGUUGUUGACUCAUGUGGUUUUGUCCCAGAUGGUGUUGCAGCUCAGAUUGAUUCCAGGAGAAGUUUACAAUUCUCAAAACGGAGGAGAGGUCCUGGGAGGAACAGAUUUGGGAAUGGUCAUGGAGGAAAGAGACAGUAAACCACAGUGACGUUCAGUUUCACAUCUUCUGUGAAUCCAUCCUUCCCUGACAAGGGGAAUACAGUUUGCACUUAUAUGUAAUGAAUAACUGUUGUAUCAAGGGUUUAAUGAAUACUAGAUGGUAGAAUGCAGGCCUAAAGCAAAGUCAUAUCAAGUGUUGAUAUACUAUUUCAACUUAUCAAGUUCUAAUAGCUGCAAAAUUCAGAUGCAAAACACAAUAGUGAACUUCACAGACCUGCAGAGUGGGGUGUUGAUUGUCAGAAGAAUCUGCAUUCCUAGCAGAUCUUUAAUACUCUCUGAAGAGGACAACACUGGUUUUCUAUUUAAUAUCUGAUAUUUUUAAACAGGCCUAAAUAACCAAGGAAUAUGCUCUGGAUUUCAAACAAGAAGAUAACAUUUUUUGCACUGAAAAAACUAGCAUGCUAGCUUCAGGAACAUCCUAGACCCAGCAUUUUCUACCUGUAACUACUGAAUAUUGUUUGGAUGCUUUUCACUUUGGGACAAUUUAAGUAUGCCCAGCAAGAGGUGUACCAGCAGUGUGGUGGAGUGUGUGGUCAGGUUUACAAACCAGUCUACAACACCACCCUGAGUAUGUGUAUGCUAUGGGCCCUUUUUUGCACUUAACCCUUUUGUUUUAUAAUAUGUACUAAAUUUAAUACCUUUACACAAAUUUAAAAAUCACAAUUAUUAUUGUUUGUAAGCCACUUGAAUUGGUGAUGGUUAUUUAUUGCCUUAAUAUACAUGUGUUUGUAAAAUAAUUGACAAAAGUGACCAUAUUUUGUACUUAUCUAUAAUACGUUAAGUUUUGAUAGCAACAGUACGAUAUGCUUUCCUUCAAUCAAAGUUACACCAUCAGGAAAGAUGUUUUUUGUCUGCUUCAGAUGAACGGAGCAACCAUCCAAGUCUAACCAAAUGGAGCCUUUACUUGUUACACUUAACCCUUUUUAGCCUUGUUAAAUAUGGUCGUUGAAACUGUUGCAUGUUGUAUGUUAACUGACGUAUGUUAUUUUUGUAAUUGUUGUGUGUGUUUAUAAUCAGAGAGAGAAGAGAUUUGUGUGUACUGACAGAAAACUGUGACAUUCAAUGCAAUAGCACUGUGGUGACAUUCAAAAGCAAACGAUAAUCACUUGUGUGAAAUGGUCCCUUUCAGUGUGUUUUAGUGAUUCAAAUAAAUGAAACGUGACAUUAAUACAAUUAAUUAAUAUUUUACA